UUGCUUUUUAUUCAAGAUUCACUGAGAUAUACAGUAUAUCUAAAUAAAGUAAAAGAAUAGUUCUGUGCUUUCUAAACAAAUACAGAUUUUCCCCAAUAAACCCUAAUCUGCAACUCUGAACAAAAUCUCGAGAGGUUUUCAAAAUAAACGGUACAUGCAUACUGAUAUGAUGGUGUUGAUUAUCAGACCUAACGGCUCAAAGACGGAUGAAGAGACAUGUCAUCAUCCUGGAGUGCCCAUCUUCCACGAGGGGAUGAAGUAUUGGAGCUGCUGUAAGAGGAAAACAUCAGAUUUGAACUCCAUCUCCCAGGAGGGCUGCAGUAAAGGAUCACACCAUUAUUAUAUAUGCUGCAACCAUGAUAUAAUUUACUCUUAUUGUGAUGUCAGAGUUUGGUUUGCGUGUGUACUAUGUAUAAAGAGUAUUGUCAAAAUUUGUAAAGAUAUCAUAGACAUUUUCAUAUACUGUAUGGUGGCUGUGAGUGAUGUCUUUUUUUUAAUGGUUUUUAGGUUAUUGACGUCAGUAAAAAGCAUCGUAAACAUGAUGGCUGCUAAAGUGGAGAUCGUCAUGAAGAAGGCGGAGCUUAUGUCAUCGAGGCUCGACCUGCAUCCUCCAAAGCCUGAAGCAGCCAAUGAGAAGAAAAUGACGGCGAGAAACUGAAUGCAUAAGAACUAGACAAGCACAAAUUAGCUCGUUAUCUUCAAUGCUUAGAUUCUCAGAUAUACGCACAGACUGCAGUGACACCAGUGCGGUGUGGACAUCUAGU